CCCUCUCUCCUCCCCGCGCCGCUCAGUCUGUUUGUGUCGCUGCUGUUGUGCGCGGGGAAGAGGAACAUGGCGACCGUGUACUGUCUGUGCCGCCUCCCGUACGACGUGUCCCGCUUUAUGAUCGAGUGUGACGCGUGUAAGGACUGGUUCCACGGCAGCUGUGUGGGAGUUGAGGAAGAUGAAGCCCCCGAUAUUGACAUUUAUCACUGUCCGAACUGUGAGAAAACCCACGGCAAAUCCACCUUGAAAAAGAAAAGAAAUUGGACCAAACAGGACCCAGGACAGACCACGGAGGUAAAACCGGUGCAGAACGGCAGCCAAGUGUUUAUUAAGGAGCUGCGCAAUCGGACCUUCCCCAGCGCUGAGGAUAUUGUCAAGAAACUGAAUGGGAACCAAUUAACAGUGGAAUUAUUUGAAGAAACGGGUUUUACAGAACCGAUCCUGGUGCCAAAGAAGGACGCGCUGGGCAUGACUGUACCUGCUGCGACGUUUUAUGUCAGUGAUGUGGAGAAUUAUGUUGGCCCAGAGAGAUCAGUCGAUGUCACAGACGUUACUAAACAGAAAGACUGCAAGAUGAAGCUCAAAGAGUUUGUGGAUUACUAUUACAGCACAAACAGGAAAAGAGUCUUAAAUGUCAUCAACUUAGAGUUCUCCGACACCAGAAUGUCCAGCUUAGUGGAAGCGCCGGAGAUUGUCAAGAAGCUUUCGUGGGUGGAGAACCAUUGGCCGGACGAUGCCCUCCUGGCUAAGCCAAAAGUGACUAAAUACUGUUUGAUUUGCGUCAAGGACAGUUACACCGACUUUCACAUAGACUCUGGGGGGGCCUCCGCCUGGUACCAUGUGCUCAAAGGGGAGAAGAUCUUUUAUCUCAUUAGACCUGCGUCGGCCAAUAUCUCACUGUACGAGCGCUGGCAAUCGGCUUCCAACCACUGUGAAAUGUUCUUCGCAGAUCAGGUGGAUAAAUGCUACAAAUGUGCAGUGAAACAGGGUCAGACACUCUUUAUUCCGACAGGUUGGAUUUAUGCAACGCUCACCCCAGUAGACUGUUUGGCAUUUUCGGGGCAUUUCUUGCACAGCCUGAGUGUUGAGAUGCAGAUGAGGGCGUAUGAAGUGGAAAAACGUCUGAAAAUUGUCAGCUUGACCCAGUUCCCAAAUUUCGAGACAGCCUGUUGGUAUGUUGGAAGGCACUUCCUAGAGAAGUUCAAAGCUCUGCACAAAGCCGGGAAGCAGCCAGCAACGCAUCUUGUCCAAGGGGCCAAAAUUCUCAACGGAGCCUUUAGAUCCUGGACUAAAAAAAACGCUCUGCUAGAACAUGAAGAUGAGCUGCCAGAACACUUUAAGCCGUCACAGCUCAUCAAGGAUCUCGCCAAAGAAAUCCGUCUAACUGAGAACGCUUCUAAGGUUACCAAAACAGAAGUGAGUGCCAACAUUAUUGCAGAAAAGAACAAUAUAGCGGAGAAAAUUGAAAAGGAGGAACCUGCCUCUCCGGUUCCGGAAUCCCCUCCACCCUUGGAAAAAAUGGAAAAAGCUCCCCAAAAAAAUACUGCUAAAAACGAGAAACCGCUCAAGCCGCCAAAGCCUCCGAAACCGCCGAAACCACCCAAAGUGGCGAAACCCCCAAAAGUUGCCAAACCCAACAAGACCCCCAAGGCACCAAAGCCUCAGAAGGAAAAGGACGGGGGGAAGAAGAAAGGAAAGAAGAUGAAGGAAAGCCCCAUCUCGCUCCCUACGACCCCAGAUCUAGAGCCUCUAGAUACCCACACAAAAGAUACUAUGAUUACAGCAGAAGCACCAAAGAAAGGGAUAAUACCUAAAGAAGAGAUCAGCACCCCCACAAAGGAGGAAGCCCCCAAGCACAACCAUGUGGAGAAAUGUGAAAUCCGGGAGCAGAACAAGAUCAAGACUGAAGCCAAGUGGAAAUACAAGAACAGCAAGCCGGAUUCAUUACUGAAAAUGGAGGAAGAGCAUCGAUUGCAGAAAACACUAUUUUCAGCAAAUAAAGACAAUAAAUUCAAGUUCUCGUUCACCAAUAAGAAAUUGUUUGGGUCCAAAGGGAUCAAGACCCAGAAUAGUCCCAGUAUUUUUGGAUCUCUGCAGAACUUUAAAGAAGACAAAACCAAACCAGUCAGGGACGAAUAUGAAUAUGUAUCGGAUGACGGAGAGUUGAAGAUUGAUGAGUUUCCCAUCAGACGAAAGAAAACGACCACAAAGAGAGACUUGUCCUUUUUGUCAGAUAACAAGGAGACUCCUCCUCCACCUCCAGCAAAGAAACCCAAGGGCCUGGAAUCAAAAUAUAAGAGUGAUGAUACAUCCGAUGAAGACUCCCUUCACAUAGACACAGAGGACAAACCAGCGCGGAAUUCCAGAGUCAAAAAGGACAGCGGGAGCUCAGCUGGGAUAUUAGAUCUGCUACAGGCAAGCAAGGAAGUUGGUGGUUUGGAUUAUAACGCAAACAGCCAACCCCCAGCAUCUCCGAGCACGCAGGAAGCGAUCCAGGGAAUGCUAUCAAUGGCCAAUCUGCCCUCAGAUUCCUGCCUACAGACCUCCUGGAGUGCAAACCAAGCCAAGAAUAAUUCCAUAUCAGCACAGAAUUCCAAGAAGUCGGGCAACAACAAGCUUGCAAACAAACGAGCCAGCAAGAAAGCCAACAAGAAGAGCAUUACAAUGGAAGACUAUGACGAGGAGCAGGAUAACUUGGAGGCGUGUUUUAAAGAUUCUGAUUUUGUUUACCCUUCUCUAGAAUCAGAUGAAGAUAAUCCAGUGUUCAAAUCUCGAGCAAAGAAGCGAAAGUGUUCUGACGAUGCCCCUUAUAGCCCCACAGCCAGAGUCGCUCCUUCGAUACCCCGACAAGACAGACCUGUCCGAGAAGGUACGAGAGUGGCAUCUAUUGAAACAGGCCUGGCAGCCGCGGCGGCAAAACUGUCUCAGCAGGAGGAUCAAAAGCCCAAGAAGAAAAAGACUUCCAAAAAGAAGCUGUCGCCCAACAACACAAAUGAGCUUUCUCAGGAAGGCAGCUCACCGGAGGUCUCACUGAGUGGCCCCACAGACCACGAGUACACGGCCGGUGCAAGCACAUUUGGUGUGGCCCAAGUAAACAGAGGCCCUCAGCCAAUGGCCCCCGGGGUCUUCCUCACACAAAGGAGACCGUCAGCAUCCUCCCCGAAUAACUCAACUGCCAAAGUUUCUAAUGCUAACGGACUACCGCAGCACAAAUAUGGCAGCCCUCUCGCAAAGGAACAUGGGGAUCAGAUAGGAAAACGUACAAAAAAAGGCAUGGCCACGGCAAAACAGAGGCUUGGGAAGAUUCUGAAAAUCCAUCGGAACGGGAAACUUCUCCUUUAGUGUUGCUAAACGUGGGACUUCUAAUCCCCCCCCCCCCCAAACUCACGGAUUAACGAGCUGGGAGACUAAUUGCUGAGCUCUUGGACUGCGGCGGAACUCUGCAUUCUGUUGGCGACACAUAUCUGUGUACAGUCACAUUUCUGCCACCACUUUGAAAAUUCUUUAUAAGAUUCCAGCAGCUGAACGUGUACAGAAAACUGCUUGAGAUAUUUUUAAUAUUAAUGUCAGAUCUCCAAGAGAGCGACUGGUUUCCAGGAAAGGGAUCAUGUCCGGCUUUGGAAAAGGAUCCCUUCAACUUGGUUGACAUUGAAAUACAUCAAUUUUGUUUUUUUAUUCAAAAUAUAUUCUGUACAGAGCAUCAACUUGUCACAUGUAUCUGAUCAGGACGCAUGUCACUCGUAGGCCGGGCGUCCAAAAAUUAUCAUAUUAUUGUGCUACGUAUCAUCAGUAACUUGUGAAGUAGCCGUGCUUUGGAUCAGCUACUGCAUUAUCCUGAAGCUUAUUGUUGUAUGUUGACUUUCUUGGUUCAUGGUCCAGAGUCCAGUCAGGUCUUAUACACAUCUAUAGAGCCCUCCCAGCCAUGACAAAUUCUGUUUGCUGUGUCCCUUACUGCAAUAUUGGGAGAGUGUCGUUGCCAAGAAAGUUGGCGACUCCAACAGAGCCAUAGAUUGGAGAUUCCUGUUAGAGGGGAGUUGA